UAUUGGAACCUGCGGCCGGACUAUUCGAUUUUGCGUUUGUUUUGCCGACGGACGUUUAGCCAACAAGCAUGGAUGGGGAAGAGAAAACCUACGGUGGCUGUGAGGGCCCUGACGCUAUGUACGUAAAACUCAUUUCGUCAGAUGGCCAUGAGUUCAUUGUUAAAAGAGAACACGCUCUAACUUCAGGAACAAUAAAAGCAAUGUUAAGUGGCCCAGGGCAGUUUGCGGAAAACGAAACCAAUGAAGUGAAUUUCCGGGAAAUUCCCUCUCAUGUACUAUCCAAAGUGUGCAUGUAUUUUACUUACAAAGUUCGUUAUACCAACAGCUCCACGGAAAUCCCCGAAUUCCCCAUCGCACCCGAGAUUGCACUGGAGCUUCUGAUGGCUGCAAACUUCCUAGACUGUUAAAUAAAGUAAAUUAUGUUAAAUUACAA